AAGCGCACGAUGGAUCGGCGUCGAAGUCCUUGAAAAAUCUAGCCUGUGAAUUGGGCUUUCUGAGACGGUGGGGAUGCUUGCGGCAGUUCGAGGGCUAGCCCGGGUCGGGCUAAGAGCUGCUGGGCGCCCUGCAGUCCUAUUGCAGACCCGGUUUCAAGGAAAAUCUUCUGCUGAAACUAAGCAUAACAUGUUUCAGUGAGCUGGAAAUUUUAAUUCAUCCAGAUGGAAUCCUUCCUGUGAUAGCUUUUCUGAAAGAGCACACAAAUGCCCAGUUCAGAAACAUAGUUGACCUGACAGCAGUCGAUAUUCCAAGUCGGCAAUACCGUUUCGAAAUUGUCUACAAUUUCUUAUCUCUACACUAUAAUUCCCGAAUUCGUGUGAAAACAUAUACUGAUGAAUUGACACCGAUUGACUCUAUAACACCAUUGUUUGAAGGGGCAAAUUGGUAUGAAAGAGAGGUAUGGGAUAUGUUUGGAGUAUUCUUUGCCAACCAUCCAGAUCUGAGGCGAAUCCUUACAGAUUACGGUUUUGAAGGCCAUCCUUUCAGGAAAGAUUUUCCCCUUUCUGGAUAUGUGGAGGUCAGGUAUGAUGAUGAGGUGAAGCGAGUGGUCGCAGAGCCACUGGAAUUGUCUCAGGAGUUCCGCAAAUUUGACCUGAACAGUCCUUGGGAGGCUUUCCCUGCCUAUCGCCAGGCUCCCCAAACCUUGAAGAUAGAACCAGGAGAGAAGAAAGGAGAUGGGAAACAACAGUGAGAAGGGGGGGACGGGUACAUUUGCCACCCCUCUGCCGAAUUACGUAUUUAUAUAUAAUAAAAAGAAUUAAAACUCAG